GGGAGCUGCUGUGCCAUCGCUUAGAUUUGCCUUGUCUCUGUCCUGAGGCUCAACUUGAAGGCAAGCAUGAGUUACAGGACUGUGGUGAUGUACAUGGAGAUCGGCUGCUUUGUGGUCUGUGUGUCUGGAUGGAUCCUGGUGUGUUCUACCAUGCCCACAGAGAUCUGGACAUGGUCCGAGGUUGACAGCAUAGUCUUAACCACUUCAAACUACUUCUCCAAUCUUUGGAAGGAUUGUAUAUCUGAUUCAACUGGAGUGUCUGACUGCAAGGGAAUUCCAUCAAUGCUUGCACUGAAUUGGGACAUUCACAUGUGCCGUGCUCUCAUCAUCAUCUCUAUUAUCCUGGCUUUCUUUGGAUCCAUUCUGGUCUUAGUGGGAAUGAAGUGUACUAAAAUUGGGGGAUCAGAGGUUGCAAAUGCAAGAGUAACCUUUGCUGGAGGAAUGAACUACCUUAUUGGAGGGAUGUGUUCUAUGGUUGCUUUCUCCUAUUAUGGAAAUAAAAUUAGAGCAGAAUUUCAAGACCCCAACUACAAAGCUCAGAAGUUUGAAAUAGGCGUUGGCGUCUUUAUCGGCUGGGGAGGCUCCACCCUACUUGUUGUUGGAGGUCUUAUUUUCAGUAUCUUUGCAGGGAAGGAAGGGUGCCACUCAAGCCCAAAGAGAUUCCCUGAGUACAGGUACCCCGAUCCCUACAGAGCUGUUCCAACAAAAAAGAGCAUUGAGUCUUUGACUCGUACAGAGAGCACUGAUAGCAGAAAAUCAAGGACCACCCGCAGCAGCAGCGGCAGCGGAGGCAGCAGCAUCUCAGGGAUCACAGAUUCGACAAAGACAUCGGCAACAAAUGCAUAUGUGUGACCUCUUUUCAAAGGUGGAAUAUAUAUUUUUUCUUUCUCUUCUUCAUGGAAUGUGUGGGUGGUUUUAUUUUCCAAGUUCUGCUACUGCUUGAGCUCUAUAUUAGCUUUUAGAAUAGGCUUUUUUCCACAACAGUUAUGCUGACUUGCCAUAGAAGGAAAUGCACUGGUGUCACCAGUGGCUCCAAAAAGUGUCCCAAAAUGGGUAUUAAUUAUUUAGAUGUUUUGUUGUUGUAGCCGUUAAUAUUUUUUAUAAGAUGAAAAUAAAAAAUGAACUAUCUUUACAUGAAACAUGAUAGAAGUAACUGAUAAUGCUUGUUGACUUAACAAGUAAGCUACAUAUCUCCAGACAUAUUUAACUGAAUUUUGUAUGCUGUAAUUUAACGCUGUGAGAUGUUUUCAGAUGUUCUUGAAAUUUGCAAUAAAACAAAAUGUUGAUAUUGA